AUGAAGGCUGCUGCUCAAGCUUUUCUUUCUUUCUCUUCAUUGCUCCCACUCAUUACUUUUCCUUAUCUUACCCAUGCCUCCUACAAUGCUGCUCAUCUGGCACAUGUUGCCCCUAUGGGUGAACUGAAUCUGGAUGACACUAUUGGGAGUGCUCUACCAAAUGGUUGCCCUCAGCCCUGUACAGUCGCUGGUCCAGAUCCAGGCAACUGGACUUGGAUUCCUGAACUAAGGAAACUGAGCAGAUGUCAACAGCCGCUUCUAUUCGAUCUUCAUAUUGGCAAUGAGCCAACCUCCGAUACUCCGCUCCGCUCCUGUGUUGUGUCUGAGCACUUCCAAGAUGAUCAAAUCCCCAACUUCAAAGACGCCAACUGGGCCAAUGUUGACCAAGAGGACCUUGAUGCCGUUCAACAAUCGUUGACAAUCGCCAACUCUUGCGGAGCAUCGCAGCAGAAUACGACUGCUUCCGUUCAGAUUAGCUCUUCUGGCGCUGUUGAAUCCAGAGAUGAUACCACGGAUGCACUGAAUAUUCUUGUGUCCUAUAUGAGCAAUGCUGCGUCGUGUGGCUCAACUAUAAUUUUCUCUAAAGUUGGGAAUACCGUUGCUGCGCUAUACGCCGGUGCCGACGUUUACCAGAGAAGUGUCGGUCCAUUCCUUGACUCAUUCGCUGAAGACAUUGCCAGCGGCUCGCAAACUAUCCAAGCCUGCAGGGAAGAGUCGAAAAUGGAUAAAAUAAUCGGCCUCCGCAUCAUAGAUUCGGUUGAAAAGAUUGCAGAUGCUUACACGGCCUUGAAAGCUUGGGCAGAAGGCAGCUGCUUGAGCCUCGACAAGCAGACUUCAGUCAAAAAAGAGGUGACAACCCUUGGAGUUUCCUCUAAAGACAAGCGAUCUCUUGUAUCCUCGCUUUUGGACAGUCCAUUGACUGCAAGAGCCAACUGCAGAACUGUCAAAGUUGUGGGCGGCGAUGGCUGCGGUUCACUCGCCAGUCGUUGUAAGAUCUCAGCCCAAGACUUAAGUAAAUAUAACGCCGCCUCCAACUUCUGUUCCAGCCUGAAGGUUGAUCAACUUGUUUGUUGCUCCGCAGGCACACUUCCGGAUAAUCGACCAAAGCCACAGGCAGAUGGCGUUUGUGCUCACUAUUCAAUUAAGCCAAAGGAUGUGUGCGCUGAUCUGGCUAAGAAAUUCAGCAUCACCGUUGAAGAUAUCAACACCUUCAACAAGAACUCGUGGGGAUGGGCUGGCUGUGGUAAUCUCAAGGAAGACCAGGUAAUCUGUCUCAGCAAGGGUAACACUCCUAUGCCUGCUGCUUUGACCGGAGCUACCUGUGGCCCUCAGAAACCAGGCACAAAGGCUCCAUCUGGAAGCUAUGAUGGAUGGGACCUUGUGAAAAUCAAUCCCUGCCCUCUGAAUGCGUGCUGUUCUGGAUGGGGCUAUUGCGGUACCACAGAGGAAUUCUGCACAGAAUCCCCCGCUGACACGAAAGCGCCUGGUGCUUUCCAGAAGAACAAAAACGGCUGUAUCUCCAAUUGUGGAACAGACGUAAUCAACAAUAAGGAGACCCCUGAUACCUUCAUUCGUGUCGCUUACUAUGAAGCGUUCAACGUGAAGCGUGACUGCCUCAACAUGAACGUCAAAGAAAUUGACGAUGAUACGCUGACUCACGUCCAUUUCGCGUUUGCCGGCGUUAGUGCGGACUUCGAUAUCACUUUUGACAGCGCCUUUUCCGAUCAAUUUGACAACUUCGUUCAGAUGAAGGCUCCAUGGAAGAAGGUCCUCUCAUUUGGUGGAUGGGCAGAAUCUACUGACGCGGGUACUUUUCAACGAUACAAGGAUGUCGUCAAGUCAGGAAAUCGAGAGAAGUUUGCCAAAAACCUUGCUGCUUUCUUGGAGAAGCAUGAGCUAGAUGGUAUCGAUUUUGACUGGGAGUAUCCCGGAGCUACGGAUAUUCCUGGAGUUCCCAACACUGCCGGCGAGACAUCGGACUAUCUCGAGUUUUUGAAAUUGAUGAAGACCACACUCGGUAGCAAAUCUCUUUCAAUUGCCCUGCCUGCAUCGUAUUGGUAUUUGAAGGCCUUCCCGGUUGCAAAGAUGGCCCCUUAUUUGACCUAUUUCAUUUACAUGACCUAUGACUUGCAUGGUCAGUGGGACCAUGGCAGCGCCUUCGCAGAUGUAGGAUGCCCUGCUGGCAACUGCCUUAGAUCCCAUGUCAACAAAACCGAGACAUACAACUCACUGGCCAUGAUUACCAAGGCUGGUGUACCCGCGGCAAAGGUUGUGGUUGGCGUUGCUAGCUACGGCCGAAGCUUCGGCAUGACAGACCCCUCUUGCACCGGACCUAUGUGUACCUACACUGGCACUCGGAACCACUCGACCGCUGAGAAGGGAAUGUGUACAGAUACAGCCGGUUAUAUCUCCAAUGCUGAGCUCAAUGACAUGAUCGGCGUUCCCCAGUAUCAAGUUCGCUCCUGGUAUGACAAAGAGUCAGACUCGGAUAUGAUGGUAUUCGGAUACGAUGGCGCGGUUACAACAUGGGUCGCCUACAUGUCCCACGAAACCAAGAUGAAUCGCAUUGAAUGGAUCCUCAGCUUGAACUUCGGUGGUGCUACAGACUGGGCUAUUGAUCUCGAAGACUGGCAUGAGGGCAUUGAUCCCGACUCUCAGGACGCUGUUGAUCUCGACGCUGCAAUUCCUCCGAGCUGCCCGUCUAACCACUGGCCCGGCAAUCUCGAUGACCUUGAGGUGAUGGUUGAUAACGGUGACAUCGAUGUCGAAUGUCAGUCCCAAGCGGUUGUCAGCAUUCUGCUCAGGAUGGUUGAGCCCGCUAUUAAGGCCUACCAAGAGGCUGCUGACAAUAUGGAUGACUAUUUCACGUACUACGCGGAAUGGGUCAAGAACGACAUCGAUGACUCCCUUUUAAAGUUCAUGUGGAGUGAUGGAAUGAAGUAUAUGGACUGUAAAUGGGAUGCGAAGGGCUCAUCUGGUGGCGAGGGCAGCGGAGCCUGCACAGAGAUGCAUGUGAAGCAAGGACAGCCAGACCAAGGCACUGUCACUAUCACUUACACGAUGCGCGAAGAAGAAGCAUUCUACAAGGCCCUUAUGGAUCAAUACGGCAUAUCCAAAGAUUGGAUCUAUUGGAAGGAUAUCUGGUCGGACUCUGAAGGCAAACAGUGCCAUUGUCCCAAUCUCAAACAUGAUUGUCCAGAAUGCCGCCAAGAGCCCGACAUAGAAGUGUACCACAAUUUCCCAAGGAAGCUCGACGAUGACGAGAUCGAGGUUGCAAACCCCAAGGAAAUCAUCGAAGCGGCUAUACCCAACAUCACCUAUCUAUCGACUUCAAUGGUGGGUACAUUUAUUCAGAUGCGCAUGGGCGGCCUCGAUGUCUCAGACCAAGACGUUGCUACUUCAUACAGUAUGCCUGUCUUCCUACUCGGAGAUGUAACAGAACAAAUGGAGCAAAUCACAGAGAUCGGUAAAAAGCAAAAGGAAGCGGACAAAAAGGAGAGGAUCAACUUCAUUUUAAACAUCGUCAGUAUGGUUCUCGUGGUCAUCCCUUUUGCCGGUGAGGCAACCGCCGCAAUUGGUGGCGCGACGGCUAUUGCACGCGCAGCAGCAGUCGUUGGCGAAGUCAGUAAUGCCGCUGUGACCAUCGCUGAGAUUGUGAAUGAGCCCAAGUCAGCUCCUUUUGCGAUUCUUGGCUUCUUAAUGGGAAGUUCUACUGCCGGUGUUGUUGGCAAGGGGACCAAGAAUGCAUUCACCAAGGCAGCGGGCGCGCGGAAAGCUAUGACAGCUGACACUUUGAAGGCUUUUAGUCCUUCGUUCCAAAAGAAUGACGCUAUUGUGCAGAAGAUUGUGCAGAAGUGUCUUGCACGUGGUUAA